GCGGCCGCCCGCCGCUCCUCAGCCCGCGCGGCGCGGGCGCGGCAUGAGCAGCAGCGGCACCGGCAGCGGCACCGGCAGCGCCCGCAGCCCCUGAGCGCCCCGCACCGCCCGCGCCCCCCGCCAUGGAGCGCAUCCCCAGCGCGCAGCCCCCGCCCGGCUGCCUGGGCAAGCUGCCCGCCCUGGAGAGCGGAGACCUGCCGGGGCUGGACUUCGCGCACAUGUACCAGGUGUACAAGCCCCGGAGGGGCUUAAAGAGGAGCGAGGACAACAAGGAGACCUACAAGCUGCCGCACCGGCUGAUCGAGAAGAAGAGGCGCGACAGGAUCAACGAGUGCAUCGCGCAGCUGAAGGACCUGCUGCCCGAGCACCUCAAGCUGACGACUCUAGGGCACCUGGAGAAGGCUGUGGUUCUGGAGCUCACCUUGAAGCACGUGAAGGCACUGACCAAUCUCAUCGAGCAGCAGCAGCAGAAGAUCAUCGCUUUGCAGAGCGGUUUGCAGGCGGGUGACCUGUCAUCGAGAAACCUUGAUUCCAGCCAGGAAAUGUUUCGAUCCGGUUUCCAGAUGUGUGCCAAGGAAAUGCUGCAAUACCUGGCAAAGCACGAGAACGGCAAGGAGCUGAAGUCGUCGCAGCUGGUCAGCCACCUGCACCGGAUGGCCAGCGAGGUGCUGCAGGGCGGGGCCGCCCGCAAGGCCGGGGACAUCCCUCCCAAAAUGGACUUGAAGGAGAAGCCGGCGCCCCUGGGCGAGGGCCACGGGAAGAACUGCGUGCCCGUGAUCCAGCGGACAUUCGCUCACUCCAGCGGGGAGCAGAGCGGCAGCGACACGGACACGGACAGCGGGUACGGGGGAGAGCUGGAGAAAAGCGACUCCAAACCGGAGCAGCCCUAUUUCAAAAAGGAUACCGACCUCAAGUACGCUGUCCAGGAGAGAAUAAGCUCUAUUAAGCAAGAGACUGAGGACCCGCCGGCCAAAAGGAGCAGGCUGGAGUCGCCGCAGGACGAGGGCCCUUUUGGCAGUGACAUGAUGGGCUCUCCCAGCAGCUUCCUGGGCCCCCACGCUCACCAGCCUCCCCUGUGCCUGCCUUUCUACCUGAUCCCGCCGUCCGCCACCGCCUACCUGCCCAUGCUGGAGAAGUGCUGGUACCCGGCCUCGGUUCCCGUGCUGUACCCCAGCCUGCCGGCCUCUGCCGCAGCACUGACGGGCUUCAUGAACCCCGACAAAAUCUCCCCCCCUCUGCUGAUGCCCCAGAGACUCCCUUCUCCUGUACCGGCCCAUUCCCCCAUCGACUCCUCCGCUCUGCUUCAAGCUUUGAAGCAGAUUCCUCCUUUGAACUUGGAAACCAAAGACUGAGCGCAGUGUGACUGGUUUUUCUCUUUUUUUUUUUUUUUUCUUUUGUUUUUUUGUUUUUUUGUUUUUUUUAGUUUGAGAGACUGUUUCACUUUUAUAUAUUGGCUGGACUGAGGUGUGGGGAUGAGGUUCACUGUGUGUAGGAAGCUAAACCCCCUUUUCUCUGACUUGUCAGGUAGCUUGGAGAAGGAUGAAGGAUGCGCCCAAGUUAGCGAUUGACAACUACUUCCAAAAGAUUAAAGAAGGGUUUUGUGCUUGGCCCCUUCCCUUCUUCCCUCUCCACAUCUACAGAGCGGCAGUUGACUCGGUCAGCUGCGAAUCUAUUGCAAAGCUGUGAAGAAAUAUUCCAUUGGGCAGACCUGGUUCGAGGGUCUGCGAAUACAAAAUACGUGAAUAUAAACCACGGUACUUCCCCGAGCGGCUCUGGAGGCAACGGCCCUGCUGGCUCAUCUGAGCUGGACUGGUGCCCCAGUGACCCCGAGCGUGGGGGGGUGGUGGUGGCAAUGCCACCGUGGGCACAGGAGGAGCAGGGCAGUGGUCACUGGUGGUGGUGGCAAUGCCACCAUGGGCACAGGAGGAGCAGGGCAGCGGUCACUGGUGGUGGUGGCAAUGCCACCGUGGGCACAGGAGGAGCAGGGCAGUGGUCACUUCAGGGGCAGCAAUGUCACCAGGAGGAGCAGGGCAGUGGCCACUGUGAGGUGGUGGCAGUGGUGGCAAUGCCACUGUGGGCACAGGAGGAGCAGGGCAGUGGUCACUUCAGGGGCAGCAAUGUCACCAGGAGGAGCAGGGCAGUGGUCACUGGUGGUGGUGGCAAUGCCACCGUGGGCACAGGAGGAGCAGGGCAGCGGUCACUUCAGGGGCAGCAAUGUCACCAGGAGGAGCAGGGCAGUGGCCACUGUGAGGUGGUGGCAGUGGUGGCAAUGCCACUGUGGGCACAGGAGGAGCAGGGCAGUGGUCACUUCAGGGGCAGCAAUGUCACCAGGAGGAGCAGGGCAGUGGCCACUGUGAGGUGGUGGCAGUGGUGGCAAUGCCACCGUGGGCACAGGAGGAGCAGGGCAGCGGUCACUGCCUGGUCACACACAGGUCAGGCAGACCUAAGACGGGUUUCUCUCCACACCUUUGCUGAUACAUAGACGUUUUUUUUUAAGAAAUAAAAGGUAGCUGCUGCUUGGAGCUUUCCAUGGCGUUCAUCUAAUAAAUAAAUUAACCUGCGCCCUUCCUGUAACUUGAGCUGCUACGUUGGGCCGGGUCGGGAGGAGCUGUCCCUGGGAUCGCGGGUCGGGAGGAGCUGUCCCUGGGAUCGCGGGUCGGGAGGAGCUGUCCCUGGGAUGGCUUCGCUGGUGGCACCGGCUCCGGCCUCUCCCCGGCUGCCCUGGCCGCUCCCCGGGCAAUCGCCGCGGCUUUCCCGGCCGGGCGGGUCGGGCUCUGGCCGGAGGGAGCCGGCAGCGCCAUCCCUGCUGAGCGUGCCCCUGUCAGUGCCUUUGGAGAAUGACGAGGCUCAAAGGAGCGUUUUCAAAGGAGCCCGAUCCCGGCAGGGUUUGAACAUCUGGAUUCCUCCUGGCACACCUGGCUCACAUCCCCGUGUUAAGGAGAGAGGGGUCGGGUGGUGACACUUGUCCUGUAAACUGCAAGGGGCUUUCUCCACAGAGGAACAUCCUCUCCAGUUCAGCUUCUUUUUAAUUAAAAACCCCCCAAACGUCACUGCUAAAGGCAGUGCUCUUUGGUGGUUUUUUUCUUACUGGUUUUGAGAACUGGUGAGCAGAACCCCUGUCUGGAUCCUCAUGUCGCCCUCCCGUUGCACCAGCUGUUGAGAUGCACUAUGCUUGAUUGCAGAUUGUGUUCUAACGUUUAUUUUGUUGUUGGUUUUUUGGGUUUUUUUGGUAUACAGUUGUUGCCUUUAUUUGUAAAAUCCUGUUAUAAAUAUAUAUAUAUAUAUUAUAUAAAUAUAUUAAAAGUUAAAACGUUUCAGAUGUCUAUUAUUUGUAUAACUACUUGAGCAUAAAGAAGUGAGAAAUAUGAAUGUAUUCUUGUUUCUGGGUUGUCUUUUUUUUUUUUUUUUUUGAAGAGAAAUAUUCCGUUUUUCUCUCGGGAGAGGUACAGUGUUUAUAUUUUGGAGCUGCCUUCAAGGUGGGAUAUUGUACAUAUUUUUAUCUUGAGUAAAUGUUAAGUAGCUGUUUAAAAAUGCUUAAUAAAAUAAUUCUUUUCCUGUGGAAGAUAA